AGGUUGAGUUUUUUUCAAAGGAGAGGAAAUCCUUAGGAAAUGUGUGGGAUCACGCUCGUUGUUUCGGAGUGUCCUGGGCAUUAUUAAUAAACUAUUUUCAUUGUGUGACGGGAGUUUGUGGUGCACACCGAUCAACCGAUACAAACACGGGUGUGGUGAGUGACAAGUAAGGGGGGGAAGAGGGGAAGCGACCGUCGUUAGGUCAAAAUGUCGAUUCAAUACGAGGUGGAACAGCUGGCUGACAGCUACGGGGUUGCGGACUCGUUCCCCAAAGAUUUCGGUUAUGGUGAAGAGGAGGCCGACAUUGAGGACAGCCCGGCGCCGUCCGACAGCAAACCGAGAAUCCUGCUCAUGGGUUUGAGAAGAAGUGGUAAAUCAUCCAUACAGAAGGUGGUGUUCCACAAAAUGUCCCCUAAUGAGACCUUGUUCCUGGAGAGCACCAACAAGAUCUACAAGGACGACAUCUCCAGCAGCUCCUUUGUCAACUUCCAGAUUUGGGACUUCCCAGGUCAGGUUGACUUCUUUGACCCCACCUUCGACUACGAGAUGAUCUUCAGGGGAACCGGGGCUUUGAUAUUUGUCAUCGAUGCUCAGGAUGAUUAUGUGGAGGCCCUGGGCAGACUUCAUCUCACAGUGUCUCGGGCCUAUCGGGUCAAUCCAGAGAUCAACUUCGAGGUGUUUAUCCACAAAGUGGAUGGCCUGUCAGACGAUCACAAGAUCGAGACUCAGAGAGACAUCCAUCAGAGAGCCAAUGACGAUCUGGCAGACGCUAGUUUAGAAAAGCUGCAUCUCAGCUUUUACUUGACGAGUAUUUACGACCACUCCAUCUUUGAGGCCUUUAGCAAAGUGGUGCAGAAGCUCAUCCCUCAGCUUCCCACUCUGGAGAACCUCCUUAACAUCUUCAUUUCUAAUUCAGGGAUAGAGAAGGCCUUCCUGUUUGAUGUGGUCAGUAAGAUCUACAUCGCUACAGACAGCUCUCCUGUAGACAUGCAGUCCUACGAACUGUGCUGUGAUAUGAUCGACGUGGUCAUUGACGUCUCCUGCAUCUAUGGUCUGAGGGAGGACGGCAGUGGCAGUGCCUACGACAAAGAGUCCAUGGCCAUCAUCAAGCUCAACAACACCACUGUGCUGUACCUGAAAGAGGUCACCAAGUUCCUGGCCCUCGUCUGCAUCCUGCGGGAAGAAAGCUUUGAGCGCAAAGGAUUAAUAGACUACAACUUCCACUGUUUCCGGAAGGCCAUCCAUGAAGUAUUUGAGGUGGGUGUUUCCACCCAGCGUCCAGCGGGCUCUCAGGCGGUGGGCUCGCCCUGCACCAAGGCCGUUGCACUGAAUGGAACGCCGCGCAACACUGUCUAGACACUGAUGCAAAAUAAAAAAAUAAAAAAAUGGGAAAGGAAAGAUGGAGAAGAGCUAGAGUGCCUGUGGAGGAGAGACUACUCAACUGGGGCUCACCGGCGCGCCAAUCACAAUCCCUUGCUCCUAGCACUCAAAGUACUGCGGGACAGCUUGAGCAAAGCGGGUGUGAGACAACACGGGAGCACAUCGGGGUUAUGCUUCUCAAGCUGUAAUAGAAGGGAAAUUCCAGCAUUUGUUUCAGGUGAAUGCAAGGCACAGUGAUGGCUCUGAAGAAGUCAAAAAGAAUCCAACUGUAUCUGGACAGGAAAAGGUUCAGGAUCUUUCUUUGGAUUUCCUAAAGCAGUCAAAGGCUGUGAUAAUUAGCUGCUGGUCCCUCCUUAAUGAACAAUGGGAGGAGGGAAAACAAACCCUUGUUGUAACCUCUUGUUUAUGGACAAACUGUGAUAUCAGUUUGCAGGAAUCUUAUCUAGUGAUGAACCCACCCCGACCACAUCUGUGCUGAUAAAAGAAAUAAAAGAUGGUGGAUGUGAACUGCUAGUCCUAACACACACAUACGUUCAGAGAUGGCCUUAUUUAGAUAAAGCUUGUCCGCUGUGCAAGCUUUCUCUAAUCACCACUCACCUCACCCUACCUGAAUGCUGCCCAAAACUCGCUUUUUGGUUUCACUUCUGAAGGGAAAACAAAGUUUUGUGAGCAAACUGAAAAGGGAUUGUGUGUGUAUGUGUGUGUGCGUGCGCUUGGUUGGUUGGUUGGUUGGUUGGUUGGUUGGUUUUGUAUAAAAAUUGUUUGGUUGGAAAUGGUCACUGCCAAAAUGACUCAAACGGUGAAACAAUGGAAAUAUGUUGUGGUUAAGACCUUAUUUGUUACCAUCUAAGAAAGAACAUAUUAGACUGACAUGGAGGACUGGUGGAAGGGUUCACACUCCACAUUAGCAGUCUUAAGACAUUUUGGGAUGACGAUAUGAACUGAUUUGGAAUUUGCAUGUUUUUCCACCUACAGUUUCAGUCCUGCCCAAAAUGAUUAACCCAUGUUUUGUAUUUAGUUUGGCUUCAGUUCAGCAGGAUUCACAAGAACAAAAUAUACCCAUUCCAAGCAUGAAUACAUCGGUUUGUUGUCAACUUGUAUUGUUCUUGACCGUAACACUGCUCAUUGCAUUCAAAGGUGAGAAAGUGAAAGUGAAACUAACCAACAGGAUUAAACCGAUAAACAAGAAAAAGACCAAAUUUCAUUACUUUUGCCAUUACAAAGACACAUUAUAUGUUCAUGUCCGUUUCUUUAAUCAGGACUUAGACCAGAAUCCUGACCCACAAAGCAGGAUUAACAAGUUGUCUUGAUACAUUUGCGGAGUAAAGCGCCUGUAAAACAUUUGUGUUCCAGAUUUAAAGGUGUUUUUGGAUUUUACUCUACAAAGUUACUCCAGUAACUGUGAUCUUGCUUCUUCAAACAGGCCCCGGGAUCCUAUCAGCCUAGUCAUUAACAGUCACCUGGAAAAUAAACACUUGCACAUCAGAACUGUGAUGGAUGAUUGAUUUCAUGUAAUGUGAUGUUAUACUAUGUGAAAUAAAUGAACAUUUUAAUUUUA